CUUUGGAGAAGCUGGAAGAAAUGCAGGUCCCGAUGCCGGAUUACGCCCUGAAAUCAGCAGGUGCUGUGACAUUGUACAAACAAACCAGUUCCAAGGCGCUUCCUCUCCAAAUUGACAAGAUGGGCAUUGGAACAUGCCCAGGGGUAGGAGAGAAGGGGCGAGAAGUCACGGGUCACCUCGUGCCCUAAAAGUGCCCCCACUGACAGAGCCUGUAAUGGGCCAGACCCCAUGGGAAGAACAGAGAGCCUGGUUCACAUUCUUGCCUAUUUCCACGGCCAAAUACAGCAGUUUGAUGACUCCCUGCUGUGUGUUCCAGAGGGGUCGUGCCAGCAAGACAAAGGGGAACCCACUGUAGGACAUGGAUGACAACUGAGAAGCCUUUUUCAAGUCAACAGUGCAAUAUUCCUCGUGACACUGCCUGGUGAUCACGCUCAUGUUUGAAUUUCCAGGGGCAGCCGUCAUUCAGUCCAGGACUUUUCCAUCCCUCCGGACUGCCAAAGCAAAGGUGUUCUGGUACUCCCUGCCGGUGAUGGAUUACAUGAGGUCUCCUGAGCUGAUUCUGGAGCCGGACAAUCAUCGUGGCAACUGCUGGCCCUUCCCAGGGAGUCAGGGACACGUCUUCAUCAAGCUGUCCAUGCCGGUCAUUCCGAGAGCUGUCACCAUGGCCCAUGUCUCAGGGACAGCGUUCCAUGGAGAAAGCAUCUCCGGAGCACCCAAGGACUUUGCUGUCUAUGGCUUCAAGGAAGAACACGAGGAGCAGGGAACGUUCCUGGGACAGUUCACUUUCCUGGCGACGCGGAAUCCAAGUCAGACCUUCCAUCUGAAGGUAUGGAGACACAGAGGGAGGAGAACUGCAGGAGAGGAGGAGAAACACGGUUGGAUGGGGAGAGGCUUCCCUGACACAGGGUACAGGCAGUCCUGUCCUUGAGCGAGUGCCACGCUGCCUUUCUUCUGCUUCAACUUCCUGGUGGUGGAUGGCUGGACUGCCGUCUUCUCAUUCAUUUUGUGUUUAAACUUCAGUGCUUAGAAGCGCCACAGUUGAAGCUGGAAUCAGCUUGACUGUCUGGACCCCAAGUGCACACAAGCGGCCGCAUCCUGUAGGAUGCAGGACUGCUGGUCUGCCAGUUAAGAGACCAGAAAUACUGGACUUCCUGAGGGUUCUGUUGGUGCUGGCAGUGAGUAGUGACAGGGAGGCCAUUCUGUUUCCAUGGCUUUCUAGAGAAGGCAAUGAAAUGUUAUACUGACCCCAGCACUGGGUCUUCUGAAUGUGGAAGCCUGUGCCCCAAAGCAGGUGAGAACUUUCCAGUGUAUUUGCUGAGGCAUCUGGUAGCUGCUUCUUCCUUUGCUGUUCUCGUGGCCCAAUGGGGUAGAGCAGGAUAAGAACGUCUGGAACAUGACAGCUCAAAAGCCCCCGCGGGGCAGUAGGAAGGAAGCUGCUGAUCGAGGCUGUGUCAA